GUUCAAGUCAAACACGUUUUUGUGUCUUACUCGCGUUCUUCUCUUGUGACCCAUGCCUAAUUGGAACGGUAUUUCACGGACUCGCUCGGAUUUCGUUUUUACUCCUGCUCUCUUGCUCUCUCGCACCGGCCACUACAAACCCAAGAUGCAGUCGCUCAAAUUUUUUACCAGGAAAGGUUUAUUCGGCUGAGUCCGACGCAGGGAUUCGAGCCCAGCGCUGAGCUUCGAUGAUGGAAUGAAGGUCUUUAUGCCUACUGAAUUCUUCAAAAACAAAUUCCUUGUCCAUUUUGUAACGAGUGGAUUUCUUAAUUUCUCUUUUGUUUUCUCGUCCCUUUUUUGUGCAUAAUCAGCAAAGUUACGGAGCCUUUUUAAUCGUUGAUUCUGUGGUUGGAUUUUACUUGUCAUUCCUUUAUGAUGACUCAGAUGUGCUAAUAUUGUGGCCAGUUUUUGCCUGUCAUACUUGAUUGGCUUACCUGAAUCUCUACUUCGUAUGUCUUUUAUCUAUAAUUUUGAUUCUCAUUUAGCAACACCAAAACUGAGCUCUGCUCUCCGAGUCUUAUCCGUGGCAUAUAGAAAUGAUAUGAAAUUUAACUUCGAAAGAAUUCCAGAGGGGAGAGGGAAACCAAAUCAGGGAUUCGGUACUUCAAAUUGAUUUCAAACCAGGAUCUUACAUGUGACCUAGUGAUGACCAAAACAAGUAUAGACGUCUCCAAGAAUGAGCGAAAUGAUGUUCUGGAAGCUUUUAAUCCUGCAAUUUCUAAGUUUCUUGCGCAACUUUCUCAGAAGGUUCAAAAUUCUAUCAAGCCUCAGCUUAAGGGACUAGCAAGUGAUGGUCAGAAAUUAACGUCAAUGAACCCAUCCACAAAAGGGGAGAAGAAGGGGUCUUCUUCAUCCUGGGAGUUUGAUGUGGAGAAGCAGCUUCAGGCAUGGAGGGAGAACCCUUCAUGGACGGAUAAGCCUCCACAAAUAAAGGUCAGUGUACCAAAAGAUACCCUUAGCAAACUCGAUGUAAAGGUUGAUGUUGGUUUGCCUCCGGAUGCUGUCUAUAAUAUUGUGACAGACCCCGAUAACAAGAGAGUUUUCAAGAAUAUUAAAGAGGUGAUAUCCAGAAGGGUUUUGAUUGAUGAAGGAUCGAGACAAGUGGUUGAGCUGGAGCAAGCAGCUUUGUGGAGAUUUCUUUGGUGGUCAGGGACCAUUGCAGUUCACGUUCUAGUAGAUCAAAACAGAGCAGAUCACUCGAUGAAAUUCAAGCAACUGAAGGCUGGAUUUAUGAAGAGAUUUGAAGGCCGGUGGAGAGUAGAGCCUCUAUUUGUUGAUGAAGGAAUGUGCAUUCCGACAAAACCAAAGAAUUUGGAAGAUUAUAAUGCUUGCACAAAGGGCAAAGGAAGAAUCGGGUCAAGGGUGAGCCUGGAACAGCUUAUCGAGCCGGCCAUUGUUCCCCCGCCGCCCAUCUCCUGGUAUCUACGUGGAAUUACCACGAGGACAACGGAGAUGCUCAUUCUUGAUCUCCUUGCUGAAGCCGAAAGGAUAAGGGGAGAUGUGAAAGAUGAAGUUACAAACGAGGAGCUUCAAAUUUCUCAGAGAAUAUGUGAUAGCAACUCGUUAGAUAGCGUUCUUGAUAUUAAACAAAGAUGGGCCAUCCAUAGGAGAAAUGCGAAACAACGUGGUAGGACUAGGAGCUUCCUUGCUGCCAAAUGAAUAAUCCUUUUUAAACCUAUAUUAUGUAUUACACUCUCAUUUUCUUUGUUCUCUCUCCAGCUAAUGAGAUGACAAUCUUGAAUUUGCAUCAUA